UGCAACAUGGAGUACACAUUUCGAGCCGUAACUCACACUCCUGGAAUUAUAAUCUGGAGAAUUGAGAAAAUGUUGCUUGUUCAAGUCCCUGAGAAGUCAUGUGGACACUUUUAUGAGGGGGACUGCUAUCUUCUUCUCUAUACCCAGAAGGUAAAAAGCUCUCUGCACUACGACAUCCAUUUUUGGAUCGGUUCAGAGUCAUCUCAGGAUGAACAAGGCGCCGCAGCAGUGUAUGCGACACAGUUGGACGACUUUUUGGGUUCUACGCCGGUCCAGCACCGAGAAGUUCAGGACCAUGAAUCUGAGGUUUUUAAGGGUUAUUUCAAACAGGGAAUAAUUUACAAGAAAGGUGGGGUCGCAUCAGGUAUGCGACACACUGAAAUCAACACCUACGGUGUAAAGCGACUGCUUCAUGUCAAAGGGAGGAAACGAGCGGUCGCCAAGGAGGUGGCGCUGAGCUGGAAAAGCUUCAACCUCGGAGACGUGUUUUUAUUGGACAUCGGUAAGACCAUCAUCCAGUGGAAUGGACCGCACAGCAACAAACAGGAAAGAUUAAAAGGUAUGCUGCUGGCCAAAGACAUCCGAGACAGAGAGCGAGGAGGCCGGGCGGAGAUCAAGGUGAUCGAGGGCGAUUCGGAGGACAGCUCUGCUGACGUCAUGGAGAUGAUGACUCAUGUUCUUGGUGAGAGAUGCAUCGAUUUGGCAGAGGGUCCUCUUGAUGAACCCCUGAACCAGGAACAAGUUGGGAAACUCACUCUUUACCAAGUGUCAGAUGUUAAAGGGCAGAUGAAAGUCAUAGAGGUGGCGAGAAGACCACUGGUUCAAGAACUGCUCAACAAUCACGACUGCUACAUCUUGGACCAAUGUGGCUCAAAGGUCUUUGUAUGGAAAGGGAAGAAGGCGAAUAAAGCUGAGAGACAGAUGGCCAUAACCAGAGCUAUGGAGUUUAUCGAGGCGAAAAAUUAUCCCGGGACAACAAAUGUGGAGGUAAUGAAUGACGGCGCUGAGUCGGCUCUCUUCAAACAGCUGUUCCAGACGUGGACUGUUAAGGACCAAACUCAAGGCCUGGGGAAAGUGCACACAAAGGGGAGAGUUGCUACAGUGACACAAGAGAAAUUUGAUGUAUCACUUUUGCACGUGAUGCCAGAGAUUGCAGCGCAAGAAAGGAUUGUGGAUGAUGGCUCAGGUGAAGUGGAGGUUUGGAGAAUUGAGAAUCUCGAGCUGGUCCCUGUGGAUCCUCAACAUCAUGGUUACUUCUUUGGUGGAGAUUGUUACUUGGUCCUUUACACUUACUUGGUCAACAACAAGCACAGAUACCUACUCUAUAUAUGGCAGGGCCGUCAUGCCUCACAGGAUGAGCUGGCAGCAUCUGCGCUUCAUGCCAUAGAAAUAGACCACAUGUAUGGUGGAGCGCCAGUUCAAGUGAGAGUAACAAUGGGUAAAGAACCAAAGCACUUUUUGACCAUUUUCAAAGGCAAAAUGGUCAUUUUUGAGGGAGGUUCCUCCAGAAAAGGACGUGUUGAACUCGAGCCACCAGUUAGGUUGUUCCAGGUUCACGGAUUUGAGCCCUCCAAUACAAAAGCCAUUGAAGUUCCAGCACUUGCCUCUUCUCUAAACUCCAAUGAUGUUUUUUUGCUGAAGUGUGAGACUGGACUUUAUUUGUGGUGUGGAAAGGGAGCCAGUGGUGAUGAGAGGCACAUGGCGAAGGAGAUCUGCUCUGUGAUCGGACAAAACUCGCAAGGAAUUCAUGGUCAGAUUAUUGCUGAAGGUCAUGAGUCUUAUGAUUUCUGGGAGAUGCUAGGUGGCCAGGCUCCAUAUGCCAGUGAUAAGAGGUUGCAGCAGACCAUUUUGGAUCACGAACCACGUUUGUUUGAAUGCUCGAAUAAGUCAGGUCGUUUUACGGUGACCGAGGUGACCCAGUUCACACAGGACGAUCUCAAUGAAGACGAUGUCAUGUUACUAGACACGUGGGACCAGGUGUUUUUGUGGAUCGGUAAAGAGGCCAACAAGGAAGAACGCAAAGAGGCAUUGGUGACAAGUCAAGAAUACUUGCGCACACACCCAGGUGGCAGAGAUCUAGACACGCCUAUCCUGCUGAUUAAGCAAGGGUUCGAACCACCCACUUUCACUGGCUGGUUCACGGCAUGGGAUCCCUACAAAUGGAGUGAGGGGAAGAGCUAUGAGCAGCUGAAAAAGGAGCUGGGAAAUGGAAUGUCCCCUAUUGAUGUUUAUAAUGUUUACAGCAGUGAUGAAAAUGAUGCAAGCUUUAAGUGUUUUCCUGCUGAGUUUUUAAUCAGAAAGCUUGUCAGUGAGCUGCCGAAAGGUGUUGACCCCACACAGAAAGAGAGAUACCUCACCGACUUGGACUUCUGCAACAUAUUUGGAAUCAAUAAAGACCAAUUUGCAAAUCUGCCACGAUGGAGACAGCUCAACUUAAAAAAAGAAAAGGGGCUCUUUUAA